GUUACGGCCACUCCAAGGGCCGUAUGGGAUAUAUACUACUUCUCCACGCCAGACGGUAGAAACAUGAAUCCCGAUGUCUUCCAACACAAGUCCACCUAGAAAUUAGACUCAGCAUGUACCCGCUUACACUCUUGACGCUCGGCGUACUUGGCCCGUCGCUGGCCUCAGCAGCGGACUGCACUAGAGAGUUUCUCCAAGCGAGUGCCGACAGCCUGGUCGCCGCGCAGACGGCAGGCGACCCGAGUCUGCUUAAGCCGGUGGCGGAGAGCUUCGUGUACCAGGAGAACUACCGGGCGGCCACCUUCAAGUCGGGCAUCCUGGCCACGGCGCUCAAGAUCGACCACAGCCGGCACAGCCUGGACACGACGCAGUGUGCCACCUACACGGAGCUGAUCUCGGCCAAGGGCAGCAAGCCGUACGUGAUCGGCACGCAGAUGCACUUCAAGGACGGCGCCGUGUCCAAGGUCGACACGCUCAUCACCAGCACCGGCGACUGGCUGUUCAACGCCACCGGCACGCUCAACUGGGCCAGCAAGGAGGCCUGGGACCCGAUCCCGGAAGCGAAGCGCGACUCGCGCGCGGUGAUCCAGGCCGCUGCCGAUGCCUACUGCGACAUCUUCAGCAACAAGAGCGUCGUGGUGCCGUGGGGCCGCCCGUGCGCCCGGCUCGAGGGCGGCUCCUACACGGGCAACGGAAGCCCGAGCGACCGGUGUGAUGUGGGCAUUCCGAGCGGCGUCGCGCUGACAGACCGCCGCUAUGUCAUUGACGAGACGGUCGGCGCCGUCGACGUCUUCCUGAGCUUCUCGGGCAUCCCGGACAGCCACGAGUUCCGCGUCGAGGGCGGCAAGCUGCGCUACGUGCACACCAUGACCGUCAUGACCGCCAGGGGCAAUGGCAACGGCAACGGCAACGGCAAGGGGAAGGGCAGAAGGGUCAGGGGAGCGAUGAGGCCGCCGCGGCACUGA